AUGACAGUGGCGGCUCGAGAGCGUCGAUGCGCGCGGCUUUUGACCCAAGCCGACGCGGUUUCGUAUUUCGAAAAGUACAAACGGGUCCGCUCAACAGAUAUGAAGGUUUGUGACUUCAAAUUUUUUUGUUGUAUAAAAUUUUCUUCAGGUGCAACAGUGCCAAUCGGUGGCGUUCAACUGCGACGGCACCAAACUCGUUUGCGGCGCGUUCGACAAAAAAGUGAGCGUGGCGAACGUGGACGGCGGCCGGCUCCGCUUCUCCUGGGUCGGCUCCAGUCAUCAGUCUUCUGUCGAACAAGUAUUGAGAUCAGUAACAUUAUAUUUUUUAAUCAUCGAUUUUCAGGUGGCUUGCAGUGAAAAGCAGCCGAACAUGUUCGCGUCGGCGAGCGCCGAUCGCAACAUUUGCGUUUGGGACAUUCGGCAGAGCAAGCCGACUCAUCGCAUUUCCAACAAAGUCGGCAACUUUUUCAUCUCGUGGUCCCCGUGCGAUUCGUACUUUAUUUUUCUCGAUAAGGAGAAUCGUUUGCAAACGGUGGACGUUCGGAAUUAUGAAGUUGUCAAUGUAAUACGCAAUCACCGAAUUCAGUAUAAAAUUAACUGAUUGCAGACGCACGACAUGAAGAUCUUCUCGCACGAGCUCGCGUUCCAUCCGAUCUCCAAUCACGUGUUCGUAGCCGAAUCGAGUGGACGCGUCGAGAUUCUGAAGUUCGCCGGCGGCUCUUUGGAACCGGUCACCUUCAUCCAGGCACACUCGCAUCAGGUCGACUGUCUCGCACUUUCCAUAUCGAAAGACGGACGGAGGCUGGCGGUCGGCGCCUCCGAUGCCUCUUGUUCGAUUUGGGAUUUGGAGGAGCUCAUCUGCGAACGAGUCAUUCCCCGGCACGAUUACGGCAUCCGCGCGGUCUCGUUCUCCUGCAACGGCCAGCUUCUGGCCUCCGGAUCGGAAGAUCAUUCGAUUGACAUCGCCUACGUGCCCGACGGUUCCAGGUGCCACGAGAUCAAGCACAACGGGGAGACGUUCUCGGUGACUUGGCACCCACAUUCCCUGCUUCUCGCCUACACCGCCUCGAGCAACGGCGACAAGAGCGAGGGCGCGUUCGUGAAGACGUUCGGACAUUCCACCGUUUGA